AUGAAAGCAUCAAAAGUGACAUGGAUCUUCGUGAUUCUUGCUCUAGGAUUUGUCGACGCGGCCAGAAGGAGAGUCAGAUCCACGACGGCGACAGCGGUAAUGACGACGCCGGCGUCGUAUGCCGGUAAGCAUUUUGCAUUCGUUGGGCGAACCGAAGAACUAGAGAACCCAUGGAACAAAUUUGACCUCCAGAAACUGGAGUCUCGCUUGAAGGCUCGCUGGAGCAAUGCGAACAACACGUCGGAACGUUACGACGAGAUCCUUCUCAGCAGACAAUAUCCCGGACUUCCAGAGAACCCAGGCGACACAAACGAGCUUCCAAGUCCCAUUUCGCCGCCAGUGAAACCCAUAUUACCACCGCAACCUGCGCCAGGCUGCCUGGGCUUAAGAGGUCAAUAUCCAAGCCCGAAGAGUUGCGCCAAUUAUUUGAACUGCUGGGACGACGUGGUGGUCGAGCAGAUCUGCCCGGCCGGGCUACUCUUCAAUGAUGUUACCGGCUACUGCGACUUCGACUACAACGUGAAUUGCGGCAACAGACCGUCCGCCACGCCGAAACCGCAGUUGCCACCAGGAUCAAAAAUCUGUCCGGAUCCGAACGGGCGUUACAGAAGCUCGAGCAACUGUUCAGAAUUCUAUGUGUGUGUCGUAGGCAGGCCCAUCAAAUUCAACUGCUCUCGCGGUCUCGUUUACAAUGAUAUAUUAAACGUAUGCGACUAUCCGUAUAAUGUGGAUUGCAAGGGCGCAGCCACGCCAAAACCACCGAAACCUACACAACCGCCGACUCAACCUUCGCGUCCCCCAUCGCGUCCCACCUAUGCCCCACAACCACCCACUUAUGCACCACAACCGUCGACUAUCGCGCCUCAACCUCCAACUUAUCAACCCCAACCUACUUAUCAACCCCAACCUCCAACUUAUCAACCUCAACCUCAACCUCCCAAACCACCGACCUACCAGCCGCAACCCUAUCCACCACCAUCCCCCUCGUAUCCCAGUAAUCCCUGGCUGAACAAAGUCGAACUCGAUCCGUGGCAUCAGCGACAUCCAGCAAGCCAACUGGAGAUUGACAAGGAGAAACACAAACAAGAAACGCUAGCUGAUGAUCAACUGUUUGGUCAGCCUGCGAACGUAACUGAAACAUCCAGUUUAACGAACCCGUGGACCGUCUUUCAAGUGAUACCGCCCGAGCUGAUGAAUGCCCCGUGUAACAAUGGCGACAUGCAUCGACUCAACGACGCCUGUACCAACGUGGUGGUUUGUAGAAACAACAGGCCUCAGUUAAUAAGGUGUUCGACAGGAUUUUCAUAUGACAAGCCGUCGGACUCCUGCAGGCCUUUCAGCAUUGCCAAAUGGUGAGGCUUCCUUUGUUGUAUAAUAGUCUUCCUCACUUUUUAAAUAUAUACAUAUUGAAAGAAACAUGCGAUAUAUGUUAUAGAUGUAUGUAUAGAUUCUAGUGGAAUGACUUAAGCUGAGAAAAGAUACGUUUUUCUGUUCCAGCUAAUCAAAUGAAUUCUUUGAAAUUCAUGCUUUCGCUAGGAAGGACGCGCAUUGACUAAACUUCAAUAAAAUAAUACUUUUACUAAAUCAGCAUGUUGAUUAUCAUCUGUCAGUUGCUCAUCAGUGCAAUAAUAUUUAAUUAAAGUUUUAAGCAAUAACUAAAAGAAAUUAUUAGUAAGUAAAUUUAAAGAUAAUUUCUCGAUAAUAAUCCAAGAGAGUUUGAUGAACAGACAGCAAGUAAAAAAUUAAUUAUUUUCAUUUAAUUGAGUAUCUUCUGCAAUAUACAUAUAUUUACACUCACUCAUAAUAUAGCAUCUUGUAGAAAAGUAAAAGGGAACUUUUGAUUGAAAUCAUAAUCAGAUCUGUAAAUAAAUAUAAGCUAAAAUUGUUAUAUGCUUUUCACAUAUUUUCCCAACUUCUUCAAUUGGAUUUGUAGAUGAAUAUAAAUGAUUAAAGUAGUAUCAAAAAAUUUCGAUAGAAGAAUAUGUUCUAAUAAACAUUAACAAAGAAACGAUAGAAACAAAUAAAAUUAAGCAAUUUGAAAAAUUCGCCGGAAAUUAUUUUUAUGAGAAAUUCCCAUUGCUGGUAAAUGGUUAGCAGAUGACAUGCAAUCCAGAAACUUUACAUCAGAGGCACCAGAUUGCAGCACACACUCUUCAGAUUCUUCAGGUUCAAAAGCAAGAAGUUCGACCAAUAUAUAUAUGAACAACCGGAGAACAUGACCAAAGAACGGGAAGAUAAGAGAUGUAUCCAAUUAGAGAUUGAAAAAAUUAUUAUAGAUAAAUUGGAGCAUGAAUAAUUCAUACAAAUGUUAUCUCAUAAGAUGUAUUGCUCAUGAUCAGUUGUGGCAACAUCAAGGUGAUCUAUAUAAUUCUAUAUAAUAGAGUGUUCCAGGAGAAAAAGUUAACAUUCUCGGAAAUGAUAGUAUCGGUCAUUUUAAGCAAAAAUGUAUAUACGAAAAAAAGAAAAUAAAAAAGGUAUAUUGAUAUUAA